AUGGCAGCCCGACUUCCUGCCUUCGCGAGCGCGACGGACGCGACGGACGCAUCCGGCUAUAUGGUGCUGCGCGCGGUGUCUCUCGCCCUGGCGGUAUCAUCACUCGCUCACCUGUUUUACCUGGUCAUUCGAGAUCGGCGCACACCACUCUCUGAACACGCGAUCGCGGAAGGACAUGGAUGGCGUGCCAGAAUCGCAUACUCGGGAGGAAUCUAUGGCGUGUUUCUGAGGGCUGUGAGGGCAGUAGGGACAGCAAUUUACGCGGUAUCUGCGAUUGCCUACCUAAUCUCAAAUUCUGGUUCUGGUUCUGGUCUUCACUUCGAUGUCGUACUUGAAGCAGUCGUUACCGGCUACGCGUUUGUACUCGGAGCAUUAUCUUUAUCUACUUCCAGGAGGUGGCAGCGCAGGUGUGACGCUCACCUUGGCAUCCUCCUGCUCGCCCACUUCGGUGUAUCAGCAUACAUAUAUCUUCGUGCUGUGACCAUAGUUGGGCAAGAUCCACCUGGCAGGGGGACGACGCCCUGGUACAUCUGGUAUAGUGCACAACUCCUGUCCCUAUUCAUUCUUUGCAUCUUCGUUCCACUCGCCAUACCCGGUCCCCAAUCGUCCGACCCCGUGAAGCGCGCUUCAAUAGGCUCGUUCCUAACCUGGGGUUACUAUACCCCGGCCAUCUGGUACGCAGCGCGCCACGGCCACCUCCCUCCCUCCAAGCUUCCCCCUCUCGACCCUCAUGACGAAACGUCCUACCUCAUCGCACACGCCUUCCCCAAGAUUGAUCCUGUUGCACUGAAACGCCCGCGGCACGUCAUCUGGUCCCUUCUCGACAUUUUCAAAUGGGACUACGCGCUCAUGAUCCUCGUGGCGCUCUGCGAGAGUGUUACUGGCUUCGUCUCGCUUGUCGGUGUCCGGCACGUGCUGUCGUAUCUCGAGGACCCGGACGCGGCGCGCGUGCGACCGUGGGUGUGGGUGCUGUGGAUCGGUCUGGGGCCGAUCGUAUACUCUGUCGUGUCGAACUGGUAUCUGUAUCUUGGCUCGCAGAUCCUAGUGAGGUCGGAGGCGAUCGUGACACAAUUGGCGUUCAAGCACGCUUUGCGGAUUCGGAUGAAGCCGAAGGACGAGCCGCUGGCAGGCGACGCCGAAGUUGCAGAAGAGAGCGGCGCUCAAGAGGACGAUCCUAGCCCAGCGCCAACUCCAAACGAGGAGCAAGGUGAAGAAGCGGAUCCUGCCUCGACGGAAGAGCGCAGCACCAGUCGGGCCUCGACUGCGACUGUCGCGCCUUCUGACAGCGGUGCGACCGACGAUACUAAGGCAAAGCAGGGCCAGAAGGCCGAAGAAGAUGAGAAACAGAGGACCAGGCAGAUGAUUGGCAGGAUCAAUAAUCUCGUCACGAGCGAUGUAAGCGAGAUGCAGCAGGCGAGGGACUUCCCUGAACUCCUUUCACACUUCAUGUCGACAGUCAUCUCCGUCUAUUUACUCUGGGAUCUGCUCGGAUGGAGCGCAUUUGUGGGUAUAGUGAUAGUAGUGGUCACACUGCCCGUUCCCGCAUGGGCUGCUGGCAAGAUGAUGAGCUCUCAGCGGGGAAAGAUGGCUGCCUCUGAUCGGCGCGUACAGGCCGUCUCGCAGGUCAUGAACGUCUUGAGGAUGAUCAAGCUGUUUGCAUGGGAACGCAAAUAUAUGGAGCGGCUUGCGAAACUCAGGGAAGAAGAGAUAUCGUGGAUACGUUACAAUGGUUAUCUGUGGUUGUCCACCUAUGCACUCGAUACCCUCGUCAUGAAGCAAGAACUGACAGGCGCACGCAUCUUCACCUCCAUCACUGUCUUCACAAUUCUGCAGGGACAAAUAUCGCAGAUAACCUAUAUGCUUCCCGAUAUUCUCAACGCGAAGGUAGCCUUGGAUCGGAUCAAUGAAUUCUUCAACGAUACUGAACUGAUCAGACCCAAUGCUGGUUUGGAAGAUGCUCCCACUCAAAUCCCGCCUUCUUAUAAUGAUGACUCUCGGGUCGGGUUCGCUGAUGCCACCUUCACCUGGGACAAAAUCGAGACUGGACGAACCAAAAACGCCAAGAAGCGCCAUUUCCGGUUGAGCAUCGCGGGCGAGGUGACGUUCGAAAGGGGCGCUAUUAACUUGAUCGUCGGACCGACGGGCUCGGGGAAGACGAGUACAUUGCUCGCUUUGCUGGGCGAGAUGUAUUACUAUCCGCAGAAUGAGGCAUCGUGGUACAAUCUUCCACGUGGCGGCCACAUUGCUUACGCCGCCCAAGAGUCGUGGGUACUGAAUGAGACUAUCCGGGAAAAUAUCGUCUUCGGUUCGCCUUUCGAUGAGGCACGUUAUCAGAAAGUGCAAGACUUAGAUAUGCUCGCAUCUGGAGAUCGGACGGAAGUUGGUGAGAAGGGCAUUACUCUAAGGCAGGUGGUCGAUGGACAGAAGGCUCGUGUUACGCUAGCGCGUGCGGUGUACUCGAAAGCAGACAUAGUCCUGCUAGAUGAUGUUCUGGCGGCCCUGGACGUCCACACUGCCAAGCAUGUCGUUGACAGAUGCCUCAAAGGAGACUUGCUACGGGGACGGACCGUACUUCUCGUAACGCACAAUCUGGCUCUGACACGCUCGCUGGCCAAAAAGGUGAUCCGCGUAGACAGACAAGGUCACGUCAUGGCCGAAAGUUCGUUGAACGAGGCUAUCGAGCACGAUGCGUCUCUCGGUCAAGAACUUGCGAAAGAAGAGGAAUUGGUGCAGAAGGCCGAAGCUGCAAUUCCAUUCGAAGAACCCGGUGAUGCGGCGGCCAAAAAGGACGAUAGCGGUAAUGCAGGGAAGCUGAUUGUCGCGGAGGACAUCGCGCAUGGUACCGUCGGCAUGGAUGCAAUCAUGCUGUAUCUGCGCAAUGUUGGAGGACCCUGGUUUUGGUUUUGGCGCCUGACUUUCGUCGCUACGAGUGCGGCAUUCAAAUUGUACGAGCCUUACUUCCUCGGUAUCUGGUCGAAUCAGUAUAUGGACCACGAUGCCGCCGAUGUACCGGCCACGAAAUAUCUCUCUGGAUACGCAGCCUUAUGCCUCCUUGAGCUGGUCACUGGGGCCUUGGCCUGGACCUUAUGGCUUGCGGGCUCGAUGCGGGCAUCUGCUAGAAUACAUCGAUUACUCGUCGAGUCGGUCUUCGGGGCGACCUUCCGAUGGCUUGAUACGGUGCCAGUUUCUCGAGUUAUUGCGCGUUGUACCAAGGAUAUCCGAUCGGUAGACGGGGGUGUGCGGAACAUGUACAAUGUACAGCAGAUAUUGAUUGUCAGCGUCCUGUUCCGCAUCGUUGCCAUAGUGUACGUUGUGGGAUGGGGCGCUCUGGCGGCGGGUCUUACAGUCCUGAUCAUUGGAUUUGGUAUGGGAAGAUUCUAUAACACGGCGCAACGAGCGGUGAAGCGAGAGCAGAGUGUCGCCAAAGCUCCUGUUCUCAGCUUGUUCGGUGCCGGCUUGGCUGGUCUUCCCUCUAUACGCGCAUACGGUGCUCAAGAGCAUUUCGGCAGACAGCUGACCACGCGCAUCAAUCACUACACGAUGCUCACGCGGAACUUACAGAACAUCAAUAGAUGGGUAGUAGUCCGUAUCAACACUCUUGGGGCCAUGUUCUCGGCGAUCGUCGCUGCUAGUGUGCUUUAUGGCGGCCUAAUCAGUGUAGGGGACGCUGGAUUUGCCUUGUUGCAAGUACUUGGCUUCGGAACGGAGGUUUUCGUCCUCGUACGAUUUUCCAACACGGCUGAGGUGGAAUCGAACAGUCUGGAACGCAUCCUCGACUUCCUGAAGAUUGAACACGAACCAGAGCCAACAAAAGAAGGUGUCCCUCCAGCAUACUGGCCAGCAAGUGGAUCUCUUCGAGCGAAGAACCUGUCUGCGCGUUAUGCCCUAGAUUCUGCGGAUGUGCUUCAUCAUGUUUCGUUCGAUGUCAAGUCGGGCGAACGUAUCGGUGUGGUCGGGAGGACGGGUGCCGGGAAGUCGACAAUCAGCUUGGCAUUGCUACGUGCUCUCAACUCCAGUGGGCAAGUCCUCUAUGAUGGCCUCGAUAUUCACAAGAUCAAUCUCAAUUCUCUGCGUGCGAACAUCACCUUCAUCCCGCAACACCCUGAUCUGCUAUCCGGGAACAUACGCGAAAACCUGGACCCAUUUGGCGAGCACGACGAUGCAACAUUGAACGAGGCAUUGCAAUCUGCCGGGUUGUUCCGUUUACAGAAAAGCGGAGAUGCGGCGGCCAUCACACUGGACAGCGAAGUAGAACAAGGAGGUAUGAACUUCUCCCAUGGGCAACGUCAGAUCAUCGCGUUGGCCCGAGCGUAUGUUCGGAGGAGCAAGCUCAUGAUCAUGGAUGAAGCCACGGCUGCCAUCGAUUAUGAAACGGACGCAGCCAUUCAAGAGUCUAUUCGUUCCAAUCUAGGUGACGAUAUUACUAUCAUUACAAUAGCGCACCGUCUGCAAACAAUCAUGGACUCGGACAAAAUCAUGGUUUUGGAUUCAGGCCGACUGGCACAAUUUGGCACGCCAAGCGAACUCCUUGCGCAACGGAAGGGGCUGUUCUUUGAACUUGUUGAGAAUUCAUCCGACAAGGCCGCGCUUUAUGGCAUGGUCAAGCCUUCAAAUUUGAGCCUCUGA